ACGAGUUUUGCGGUGUGUCGGGGAUCUGGCGAGUGCUGACGAGCGCGGUGAGGAGUGACAAGCUGGAAAGCGCAAGCAAGAGCAAGCGAGAGCGUACACAUACUCGUGUUGACUCGUGCACGCGACUGCGGUAACGUGCGCCGUUGUAGGCAGAUUCACGCGAGGAAGCGGCGCUAAUUGUUCGAGAUGGCUGGUGCGAUGUUAUUCGAGCGGGCUCAGGCUGUUUCGGUGACAAACCGCAGCGAGGGUAUCUCGUUGCUGAACGAGAUCGUCUCGGAUCCAAGUAUCGGUGUUGCCGAAGAUGACGAGGAUAACAUCCGUGUCAAGGAACAGGGUAUCCUGCACCUGGGCGAGCUCUACAAGAAAGAGGGCAAGGCAAAAGAAUUGGCCGAAUUGAUCAAAGCCACCAGACCGUUCCUCAGUCUUAUUAGUAAAGCAAAGGCCGCCAAACUCGUGCGGUCCUUAGUUGACUUCUUCCUGGAUCUGGAGGCUGGUAUCGGUAUCGAGGUACAACUAUGUAAAGAAUGCAUAGAAUGGGCAAAGGAAGAACGCAGAACGUUUUUAAGGCAAUCGUUAGAAGCACGCUUAAUAGCUCUUUACUUUGACACGGGCAUGUUCAGUGAAGCAUUGCAAUUGGGAUCUGCUCUCCUCAAAGAACUCAAAAAACUUGAUGACAAACAGCUAUUAGUAGAAGUUCAAUUAUUAGAGAGCAAGACAUAUCAUGCGUUGAGUAAUUUAGCAAAAGCGAGAGCAGCACUUACCAGUGCGAGGACAACUGCCAAUGCAAUUUACUGUCCACCUAAAAUGCAAGCGGCUCUGGAUCUACAAUCGGGAAUAUUACACGCUGCGGACGAACGAGACUUUAAGACUGCUUACUCUUACUUUUACGAAGCUUUUGAAGGGUAUGACAGUGUUGAAAGUCCCAAAGCGCUAACGGCGCUCAAGUACAUGUUAUUGUCCAAAAUCAUGUUGCGUACGCCAGAAGAUGUUCAGACUAUUAUGUCGGGCAAACUGGCUGUGAAAUAUGCGGGAUUGGAUCUAGAUGCAAUGCGGGCAGUAGCCGAAGCCAGUCAUCGACGAUCGUUAGCAGAUUUUCAAAAAGCGGUUAAACAAUACCGACAGGAAUUGGAAGACGAUGUAAUUGUACGCGCGCAUCUUGGUUCUCUCUACGACGCUAUGCUGGAGCAAAAUUUAUGUCGUUUAGUCGAACCUUACUCACGAGUCCAGGUGAGUCAUAUUGCUUCGUGCAUAUCUUUGCCAUUGGCGCAAGUAGAAAAGAAACUGUCGCAGAUGAUUUUGGACAAGAAGCUACGAGGGGUUCUCGAUCAAGGAGAAGGCGUUUUAAUCGUUUUCGAAGAUACACCACGUGAUAAGACCUAUGAAAUCGCAUUAGACACGAUACACAGCAUGGGAAAAGUCGUCGAUACACUUUACCAGAAAGCCAAGAAACUCACCUAGCCCUAUUUAAUAUGUAUUUAUACAAGAAAAAAUCUAUCGCAAUUAUUAUAACCAUUAAUAAUUAGUUACUCUCAUUAAAUACUGUCGAUUAACUGUAUUUUUCUCGUAAUUAACGUGAACGACACGGCAAGUGUCAUGAACAAAAAGUGCUCAUUUACCAAUACGUUUGUAUAGGAUCGCUUUUAUUAAUUGUAGGAAUUGUUUAAAAAAAAUGAUAAAUACGAAAUAAUCGAUUUGCUUGAGAUCUAAUCCCGCGUCUUUGAAAUUAUUUUUCGCGCGCUUGCGCUUAAAUAAUCAAGGAAGUGAAGAAAAAUGUCAUAACACCGAAAAAAAAACCAUCAAAUAUAAAAAAGGUAAAAGAAUUAUUCAUUCAUUUCUUAU